AUGGCACGUACCCACACACUCAGCAUUGGCACGGCGCUGCUGCUCCUGCUGGGCAUCUUGACGCUGGUAAGUGCCCUGGACAUGGACAUGGACAUGGACAUGACGGCGAUGGAGCGGAUGAAGCGGGCCGCGGGCAAGAAGGUGGAAUGCGAGAUGGAGGGCGAUUCGGUGGUGUGCAACGGCACCACCUACUCGGAGGCCGAGGAGGACGACUUCCCCACCCCGCGGUUCUGGGUCGAUCUAGCCGUGAGCGCCGGCUUAGUCUGCCUCGCCGGCCUCAUGUCGGGCCUCACCAUGGGCCUCAUGUCCAUCGACUUCCUCAACCUCCAAAUCCUUGCCAAUGGCGGCGGCACCAAACAAGAACAGAUCUACGCCAAUAGGAUCAUCCCGCUGGUGAAGCGUCAUCACCUUUUGCUGGUGACUCUCCUGGUGGCCAAUGCGGCGGCAAUGGAGGCUCUGCCGCUCUUCGUGGACCGAAUCGUCGGUACUGUGGGCGCCAUCCUCAUCUCCGUGACCGCCGUCUUGCUCUUUGGCGAGAUCAUUCCCCAGGCCAUCUGCACGCGCUACGGUCUGGCCAUUGGCGCCAAUCUCGCCUGGCUGGUGUGGAUCAUCAUCAUCCUUCUCUUCCCCAUCUCGUGGCCCAUCAGCCUGCUGCUCGACUUCCUUCUCGGCGGCGAGCAGGGCACCUUCUUCCGUAGAGCACAGUUGAAGGAGCUGGUGAGCCUCCACGGCGAACAGGGACCCGACCAGGAGGCGGGCGACUUGCUGGCCGCCGGCGGCGAGCUGGGCGCCACGCUGACCAAGGACGAGGUGACGAUCAUCAAGGGCGCUCUCGACCUCUCGAGCAAGAUCGUCAAGGACACCAUGACGCCCAUCGACAAGGUCUUCAUGCUCGACAUCAAGGACCGCCUCACCGAACAGAAGCUGGACCAGAUUCUCCAGACUGGGCACAGUCGCGUGCCGGUCUACCGAGGGGGCAAGACCAACGUGGUCGGCAUGAUCAUCGUCAAGAAGCUCAUCAAGCUCAACCCCGAGCGAGCCACGCCCGUAUCGGACGUGGAAUUGGUCAGGUUGCCCACCGUGAGCGAAGACACGGAGCUCUACCCUCUUCUCAAUCUCUUCCGGCGCGGUCACAGUCAUAUGGCUUUGGUGGUCGACGCGGUGGACCACGUCACCAUCCGGGGCAUCAUCACGCUGGAGGACGUCUUCGAGGAACUCAUCCAGGAGGAGAUCCGGGACGAGACUGACGCUAUCAGGGGCAUUGCAAAGGAGAUGAUGGCGCGUCAGGAGUCGCUCUCGCUCAUGCGCGGCCAAUCGGUGAUGAACAUGCCUCGAACCAUCGCCUAUCCCAUGUAA